ACGGGGUGCCUCAGUGGGCAUCUGACCUGAUCUGAGUCCACAGAGAAGACGCUGUCAAGCCAACUCUCAUCUGGGAAAUGCAGAGCUGUUUUUAGACUCUGACCUGGUCGAGUCCAUCCUGGAAACAUGAGCCAAGGAAAGUUGGCUGAAACGAGCAAGACUCAUUUAAGAAGCUGUAAUGGAGGAAUGCCCAUUCUGCCCUGUUGGCUGGCUGCCAAAGUAGAUUGGCUCCAGAGUUGAAACCAGGGACAAAGCGUUCUUCCUCCUACCAUUUCAAGGCUGACCUUCCGCCCUCAAGCCCACCGCUGCCCCUUCUUGGACCACGUGACCCUGCUCAGACCCAGUGACUCGCCGCCACCGACCCCUCCCCUUGGGCCCGUUUUACUCCGCCCCUCAAGCCCACGUGACCUUAUAUCGCCCAUCUGACUGGCUCCUCCCUUUCCCCGGGCCGGACCCGGCCGCCGUCGCAGCGGCCCGACUCCAAAAUGGCAGCCGCGCACAGAGCGUACCCGAGCGGCCGGACCUCCCUGACUCCCGGGCCGCCCAACUCUCGCUCCCAGCCUCCCUCCUUCGGCCUUCACCUACACGCCUUCGGAUUGGCCGCUAGGAAUCCCGCCCCUUCAGAGCCCCGCCUGCUAUUGGUCACGGUAGGCUGCCCUUCAGAGAGGCGUGCCGCCGCCGCCCCCCGCCCCGGGAGGUCUUAUAAUCAAUGGAUAAAGUGGGGAAAAUGUGGAAUAACUUCAAGUACAGGUGUCAGAAUCUCUUCGGUCACGAGGGAGGAAGCCGUAGUGAAAAUGUGGAUAUGAACUCCAACAGAUGUUUGUCUGUCAAAGAGAAAAACAUCAGUUUAGCAGACUCAGCUCCUCAGCAGCAAAGCAGUCCCUUGAGAGAAAAUGUUGCCUUACAACUAGGGUUAAGCCCUUCAAAGAAUUCUUCAAGGAGAAACCAAAACUGUGCCACUGAAAUUCCUCAGAUUGUUGAAAUAAGCAUUGAAAAGGAUAAUGACUCGUGUGUCACCCCAGGAACAAGACUUGCAAGAAGAGAUUCCUACUCUCGACAUGCUCCUUGGGGUGGGAAGAAGAAACAUUCCUGUUCUACAAAGACACAGAGUUCACUGGAUACGGAUAAAAAGUUUGGUAGAACUCGAAGUGGACUUCAGAGGAGAGAGCGGCGGUACGGCGUCAGCUCCAUGCACGACAUGGACAGUGUGUCCAGCAGGACUGUAGGGAGUCGCUCUCUGAGACAGAGGUUGCAGGAUACUGUGGGCUUGUGUUUUCCCAUGAGAACUUACAACAAGCAGUCAAAGCCCCUAUUUUCUAAUAAAAGAAAAAUACAUCUUUCUGAAUUAAUGCUUGAGAAAUGCCCUUUUCCUGCUGGCUCAGAUUUGGCCCAAAAAUGGCAUUUGAUUAAGCAGCAUACGGCCCCUGUGAGCCCACAUUCAACAUUUUUUGAUACAUUUGAUCCAUCCUUGGUUUCUACAGAAGAUGAAGAAGAUCGGCUUCGAGAGAGAAGGCGGCUUAGUAUUGAAGAAGGGGUAGACCCCCCUCCCAACGCACAAAUACAUACAUUCGAAGCCACUGCACAGGUUAACCCGUUAUAUAAACUGGGACCAAAGUUAGCUCCUGGAAUGACUGAAAUAAAUGGGGACAGUUCUGCAAUUCCACAAGCUAAUUGUGACUCAGAAGAGGACACAACCACGCUGUGUUUGCAGUCACGGAGGCAGAAGCAACGUCAGGUAUCUGGAGACAGCCAUGCCCACGUUAGCAGACAGGGAGCCUGGAAGGUCCACACGCAGAUUGAUUACAUACACUGCCUCGUGCCAGACUUGCUCCAGAUCACAGGUAAUCCCUGUUACUGGGGAGUGAUGGACCGCUACGAAGCAGAAGCCCUUCUGGAAGGGAAACCUGAAGGUACAUUUUUGCUCAGGGACUCUGCACAAGAGGACUACCUCUUCUCUGUGAGCUUCCGUCGCUACAACAGGUCCCUGCAUGCCCGAAUUGAACAGUGGAAUCACAACUUUAGUUUCGAUGCCCAUGACCCAUGUGUGUUUCACUCCUCCACUGUAACAGGACUUUUGGAACAUUACAAAGACCCCAGCUCUUGCAUGUUUUUUGAACCAUUGCUUACAAUAUCCCUGAACAGGACUUUCCCUUUUAGCCUGCAGUACAUCUGCCGUGCGGUCAUCUGCAGGUGCACGACGUACGAUGGAAUUGACGGGCUCCCUCUACCAUCGAUGUUACAGGAUUUUUUAAAAGAGUAUCAUUAUAAACAGAAGGUUAGAGUUCGCUGGCUAGAACGAGAACCAGUCAAAGCAAAGUAAACCCUCCUGUCCCCCAAGGGCAUUAACUAGAUCUGCUUUUAUGUGCACCAGGCAGUAUACCUAUAGCAAGCACACAUAUCAGUGUUAGGCCUUUCAGUCAGUAUGUAAGCUUAGUGUUAGUAUCUGUCAGGGGCAAUCUGCUGUUACUUUGACUCAGUAAAUGUGGUGCCUAUUGAGACAACAGGGGGGUAGAGCUACAGGUUCAGGAAGGCUACAAAGACAUUCUGCCGAUUUAGCUGACAGUUUGGUUUUUAAUGGCUGUUGUAACUGAGUGAAGCAACUCUGGGGCAUUUGCUAUGAAGAAUUCUAUUUCUUACUGAAGAACAAAUUAUUAAUAUUGAAUGAGUAUUUCAAUGGUAUGACUAAUGUUUGAAAUUAUUAUUUUUUCUAAGAAUUUUUCUAUAACCUUCCAAAAGUAGUGAUGUUUAUAGUUACUAUAAGUCAAGUUUGGAAGUCCAAAAAAAUAAAGACUGCCUUCCUUUUAGAAAAAAAAAAAUGCAAUUUUCUGGCCACAAGGGCAUAGUGCAGUUCAUGUAAGUGUUGAUAUAGUUUAUAGUCAGUCUCCUUUUCUCUUCUGCAAAAGGUACUGUUAAGUAAACCAGGUUUUCUAAGUAGUAGUUCUUAAAAUUUCAGACUUAUAAAAAGUUGUAGUAGAAUUUUAUUUAAGGCCUUACGUAUUCAUUUUUUUAUGAGUGCUUUAACUUAAAACGCAUUGGAAAUAGCUGCUGCAAGGUAGGCCUGCGUGUGAUUUUUUUAAGUUGACAUGUGCAGUCGAGUUGCUGGUUCGUUAAAGUUGGAUCUUUUUCUAUGCCCAUGAUGAGUUUGUGAACCAUGAAGAAAGUGAGAUGAGACGAUACCCAGACAAGUCAGAUGAUACUAACUACAGUGGUUGCUGGUCAUUGAGAUUAUUGUUAAACUGUAACUCAUAAUUUGGAUGGCAGUAUUUAUCUCUUUGUUGUAAACUCUUAUAGCUGAAUUGCUUAAGUACAAGUUAUAGAAUUUCAGUGCACUUAAUUUUUAAUGGAAAAUCUGAAACCUAAAUUGCUGAUUUAAAAGGUACUGUACAACCAUUGUAUCUGUAAAUAACUUUACUUAGCUCCUUUUUGUCACUUAGAAUAGUAUGCAGUACUACUUGAGUGAACUAUUUUGGACGUAAUACCAAGUUCUAGUGUUUGCUUCUUAGUAUUGAACCGAAUUUACAGUCUGUCUUAGACAUUUUGCACUAAAGUAGUCAAAUCCGUUCUCGUGUCUUUCUGUUGACGUGCUCUGUACCACUGGUGAGUGCUCCCUAGUUUCCUUACCUGCUGCUACAGAAGGUUAUUUUACAUCCCAAUGGCUGUCGCCAAGGCCACAAAACAGGAAAGCUGUGUGUGUAUGCGACACUAACCCUCGGACUGCUGGUGUCUGUUUCUGCUUGCCGUGCCUUGUUACAGCUGCUUUUUUGUGCUAAUAAAGUAUGUUUGGUGUUCUCCUUGUAUAUCUGCUGUUUUAUACAUUUGCAACAAUUUCUCUUGUAAAUGGAAUGGUUUGGGGUUUUUAAAUAAGCAUUACCUGGCAACCUACUAUAGUUAAUGCAGAAUUACUGAACAGUCUAAUAUUGACUUAUUCCAAGUAAGCUAAUUCUAAAUUUAAUUCUGUACAUCUUUUCAAUCAUAAUCACAUAUACUGUGGAACAGUAUCUCUCUAGUUACAGAAAAUUACUGUAUAGUUUAGGUUGUAACAGAAAAUGAACAGAGAAAUACUGACUAAACCUAUUGAUUUCUCUGCUUAUAAGUGAAAGAUUGAAACUAUCAAUGACAUGUUACAAUAAAUGAGUAUCUGUAGCCUCCUGCAUCAGAAGCAAGUUAAAUGAAGUCUUGUGAACUAAUAAUACAGUAGCACCAUUUAUUGGUUUGGGGACCAUUUUAAUUAAUAAUAAAUACCCAAAAUGUAGACACUUUAACCAAAGACUUGUCCAUUUUAAAGCAAAAUGGGGAUUGAAGGGACUUAUAAUUCCUGUCAUUUCUUAUAGAAGUCCCUGAAGAACAUAUACCAAAGUGUUUGAGAACGUCAUCCAAACCUACUUUAACGCAUUAUGUGCAAUUAAGUUGUUAUGACAUAAUUACAUUGCAUAAUUGUUGGGUCCGUUUUCUUGAACUUAUAAUGUACCUGCAAAAUAAACCUCUUGGGGAAAUAAAGAGUUCAUACUGAUUAUUGGAGAAAGACUAUAUAUAUGCAAGCAAGAUCUUGUUUUAAAGAGGUAACUUGAAACUCCAAGAAAGCACUUGAUGUUUUAUAUGCUUGUAGGAAAUUGAUGUUUUAAUUGUAGUUUUAUAGAAAGUAUUACUGCUUUUAUGUAUUUCAGAAAUUUCUUAUGUUAAAUGGAAAUUGUUUUAAAUGUGUAAAUAUUUGAGUUUAUGUAAGCAUGUAUACACUGUGCUAAAAGUCACUUAUGUUUCAGUUUGUGUGUAAUAUUCAUAUGCAACUUUUGGUUUAAAUUUUUUCCUUAAAAAAAUUAGUGGCUUACAUUUUAAAAAAAGAAAAAUCACCAGCAUGAAACUGCA